AUGUCUGUCCAGUUUUCUGCACAGGCACCCUGGAGAAACAACAACAACAGUUUUCUGAGCAGAGAGGCAGCUGUAACAGAGCAAGGAGAGACUAUCAUAGGUUUCUACCUACUGGCUUUAGGUUGGCUGUCCUGGUUUGGAAACAGCAUUGUGAUUUUUGUCCUGUAUAAACAAAGACAUCUUCUGCAGCCCACUGACUACCUCACAUUUAACUUGGCAGUAUCAGAUGCUAGUAUCUCUGUGUUUGGUUAUUCACGGGGGAUCAUUGAAAUCUUCAAUGUCUUCAGAGAUGAUGGAUUUAUUAUCACAUCAAUAUGGACUUGCCAGGUUGAUGGCUUCCUGACGCUUCUCUUUGGCCUAGCUAGCAUUAAUACCCUUACAGUAAUCAGUGUGACUCGCUACAUCAGGGGCUGCCAUCCCGAGAGAGGUCACUGCAUCAGCAACAGCAGUAUGACGGUGGCUCUGGUUCUCAUUUGGAUAGCAGCUUUCUUCUGGUCAGCAGCUCCGUUAUUUGGCUGGGGCAGUUACACAGAUCGCAUGUAUGGGACAUGUGAGAUAGACUGGGCAAAAGCCAACUUCUCUACAAUCUACAAGUCCUACAUUAUCUCCAUUUUUAUCUGCUGUUUUUUCCUACCUGUAACAGUCAUGGUCUUCUCAUAUGUGUCAAUUAUCAAUACUGUCAAGCUAAGCCAUGCAUUAACAGGACUGGGUGACCCCACAGACAGACAGAGGAGAAUGGAGCGGGACGUCACCAGGGUUUCUAUUGUCAUUUGCACAGCCUUCAUUAUUGCAUGGUCACCAUACGCCGUCAUGUCUAUAUGGUCUGCCUAUGGUCAAUCUGUGCCCAAUCUUACCAGCAUCCUUGCCAGUUUGUUCGCUAAGUCUGCCAGCUUCUACAAUCCCAUUAUCUACUUUGGAAUGAGCUCCAAAUUUCGGAGGGACAUUUUAAUCUUGUUCCAUUGUGCCAAGGAAGUCAAGGACCCCGUGAAGCUCAAACGUUUCAAAAACCUCAAGCAAAAAGAGCCUUCUCAGAAAGAAGAGAAGUAUGCAGGAGAAAUGCACCUUGCACCAAGCCCUGAUUCUGGGGUGGGAAGUCCAACCAAUACCCCACCUCCAGCAAACAGGGAAGUGUAUUUUGGUAUUCUCGAUACACCAUCUAAUAACCCUGAUAUUGAAUGUGACAGACUGUAA